AUGUCGGCCCAGGAGCUCGCAGCCUGCCUCUGCUGGCAGGGGGACCGGCACCUGGCCCUGGGGGAGACACCACUGGCCACCGCCUUCUACCUGGCUGCCUUCAGCUGCCACGCACCCUCGGCCGUGCGGAGCGUCCGAGCUGCCCUGGCCGGGGCUCGGGGGUCCCCCGUGGUGGCCACGCUGGAGGCCUGGUGCCGAGGUGACAGCCAGAUCCCGGCCAUCCACUGGGACGGCAUGGCGGUGGUCUCUCUGACGGGGACCCUGGCCUGCGCCUUCCUGGCCACCCUCUGCCCCGACCACCCAGCUGCAGCCCUGCACUCCCUGGCGGGCCUGCUGGCCCACGGGCACCACGGGGAGGUGGUGCAGCGCUGCGGGGCCCUGCUGGACGCCCACUCCCAGCAAAGUCUGGAGCUGCGGCUGACCCGUGCCCUGGCCUGGGUCCUGUCCCGGACGCGGGUGGACGCCGGGGUGGACGCCUACCUCCAGGCCUUUGCGGCCAGCGCCGACCGGAUGGUGGCCUUCGUUCACACCCACCAGCAGCCCUACCUCCCCGCUCUGGUCAGCACCCUCCAGGACUACAUCUCGGGCGGCCAGGAGGCUGGGGACGGUGCCAGCCAGCGGGGGGCCGACUGCCGGGGACUCCUGGCAGCCCUGGACCCUGUGGGCACGCGGAGCAACACCCCGUCCCCCGAAGCCCUGCUCCAAGGUGGCAGGUAUGAGGACUGCCAGGCGGCCUGCAGCCGGGCCCUGGAGGCCGCCUCAGCGGGCAGCAGACCCCAAGGUGAGCGGCGGGCCACCCUGCUGGUCACCCGCGCUGCCGCGACCUUCCUCCUGGACAGCGGGGCCCAGGACCUCCUUCAGGACCUGCACGAGGCCUUCUGCGAGAGGCCCUCAGGAGCGCGGAGGCAGUUAGAGGCCGUGCUCUCGGCCGGGGACCGGGAGCGUCUGCGGGCGCAGGUGCAGGAGGCCGCGGACGUAGGCUUCGCGCGCUUCCAGGAGACCGUGCGGAGCCGCCCCGAGCUCCGCGAGGACUCGGGCCGCGAGCUGCUGGCCCCGGUGACCCGCGCGCUCCGGGUCCUGUGGCGCGUGGCACCGCCCGGGGCGCGCCCGGCACUGGGCACACGGCUGGCCGAGUGCCUGCUGCUGCGGGGGGACGCGGUGGGCGCUCGGGCUCUGUGCGAGCGCUUGCUGCGGCCCUGGCGCACCGGGGACCGCGCGCCCCUGCUGGCGCUGCGCGGCUUCUGCGCGCUGCACGCCGGCGACGCGGGGCGCGCCCGGGAGGACUUCCAGGCGGUGGUGGAGCUGGGGCCGCCGCACCCUGGCAGCUGCGUGCGAGCCCUGUGCGGCCGCGGGCUGCUGCGGGUGCUGGCGGGCAGUGCGUUCCUGGGCGCGCUGGACUAUGUCACCGCCUGCCGCCUGCGGCCCGAGGAAGCUCUGCUUGUCACCAAGGCCUACGUGCCCUGGAACCAGCGGGGGCUGCUAAUGACCGUGCUGCGGGAGGAGGGCCGCAGGAUGCUGCAGCAGAGGCCGGAGCCGGGAUCCGAGAGCGGGCCGGGCUGCAGGAGCAAGGCUGCGGAGACCGACAGCCGCGCUGCGCAGGAAGGGGACGCCCGUGGCGUGUACCAGCUGGCCGUGCUCCUGAUGGAGCUGGACACGGAGGACGAGGCUUCGCGCCUCCUGGCGGCCGAUGCCCUGUACCGCCUGGGCCGCCUGGACGACGCCCACAAGGCCCUGCUGGUGGCCCUCUCGCAAAGGCCUCAGGCGACCCCUGUGCUGGUGCGGCUGGCCCUGCUGCAGCUCCGGAGGGGCUUCUCCUAUGAUGCCAGCCAGCUGGUGAAGAAGGUGGUCCAGUCUGGAGACACAGCCUGCCUCCAGCCCACCCUGGACGUCUUCCGCCACGAGGACCGCAAGCUGCUGCAGGGCCACUGCCACGCGAGGGCCUUGGCCAUCCUGCAAGCACAACCGGGCGGCGCCGAGGGCAGGGCCCACACCAGGGAGGCCAUCGCCUACCUCUCUCUGGCCAUCUUUGCUGCAGGGCGUCAGGCGAGUGAGUCCCUGCUGGCCCGCGCCCGCUGUUACGGGUUCCUGGGCCAGAAGAAGACAGCCAUGUUCGACUUCACCUCCGUGCUAAGGGCUGAGCCGAGGAACGUGCAGGCGCUGUGCGGACGGGCGCUCUUGCACCUGGCGCUGGACCAGCAGAAGGAGGCUGUGGACGACAUCCUCUCGGCUCUGAAGCUCAGCCCAAGAACGGCGGUCCCUGAGAUCCGCUCUCUGAAGCCAGAGGUCCAGGCCCUCAUCACGCAGGGCCUCUCAUCCCGCUGCCGGGCCCUCUUGAUCCAGCUGCCGGACACAGGGGCCCGCCUGAGCAACGAGGACGCCCAGAGCCUCCUGGCCGCGGGGGAAGCACUGAUCGAAAUCGAUGCCGGGCGGCCCAGCUGGCACAUCCUCCUGGCAGACGUGCUGGCUGCAGUGGGCAGCUUUGAGGAGGCCGGCGCCCGCCUGCAAAAAGUCCUGCACCUCGCCCCUGCAUCAGAGGCGGCCCAGGCCCGGCGUGGCCUGCUCCGGCUCAAGAAGGGUGAUGUGCCGGCCGCCACACAGGACCUGCAGCGUCUGGCAGAGACAGACGCCCAGGACCUCAGCUUCCUGCUGCAUCUCCUGGAGGCCUCGGAGAGGCAGAGCCUCGCCCAGGCCGCAGCCCAGGAAGCUGACACCCUCAUGAACUCAGGGCGGCCCGGCCAGGCGCUGGGCUACUGCUCACUGGCCGUCCUGGCGGGUGGCGGUAGCGCCUGUCACCUGCGCCGGCGGGCUGCCUGCCUAGCCGAGCUACGGGAGUUUGGCCGGGCACUCGGGGACCUGGACCACGUGCUCCGAGAGGGUUCAGGGGACAGUGACCUCCAGGCACGGGCGGAGGACUUCUGCUCCCAGGGCCGCCUGCUUCUGAGCCUGGGGGACGAGGCCGGGGCCGCCGGGGCCUUUGCCCAGGCCCUCAGGCUGGCGCCCGCCCUAGCCCAGAGCAACCUGUGGCAGCGGCCAGGCCGGGCCCCCGCUGCCCACGCGCUCCUGUGCAGGGCCCAGCACUGCCUAGACGAGCAGCGCUACACAGAGGCCUGGACGGCGGCCGAGGGCGGCCUCCUGGUGGACCCGGAGCACAGCGGCCUGAAGAGACUGAAGGCGAGAAUCCGGAGGGAGGCAUGCUCGGGCUGCCGGCUCCACUGA